CAAGUUGGAGAAAGGGGGCAAGCAAGGAGCAGAAUGUUCCAAGCAGUGUGGACAGAAAAGGUGGGAGAGAACUGAAGCCCGAUCAGAAUGUUGAAGGCACUCUGUGAGAAGAACAGGGACGAGGAUAGAGAAGUAAGAAGAAGCUACAUCCUUAAGAUUCCAUGGAGGAAUAAUAUCCAACUAGUCCUUAACAGAUGCUCUGACCCCAGGACCCUGGCAGACUUUGUAGCCUCCGGACAGCCUGUUGCAUCCGUUCUGAGGAAACGCGAGUCUCCGACAUCAGCAUCUGUCUAUGCUUCGCUUCUACCCACGCUGAGGGAGACCCAGUGAGGACCCAGCCCUGGGGCUCCUGAACAGCCUGAACCCUGAGGCUUCUCCUCCUGCUUCCAGAAUGCAUUGGAUCGAUCGCCAGGAGCACAGAAACAGCGGACGCAGCCAGGAGGAGAAUCAAGAGAAAAGCCUAAAAUUUUCAAUAUUCAAAAACACCCGUGUUGCUGGUUGAUGUAGAGAACACUGAGCUCACUCAAGAGCUUUGUAUUUGUUGCACUAAUUUGUUUUGUCUUCUGGGCCAGCCAAGGAGGGAUCAGUAUGUAUCCAGGUCAUGAAGGGAAUGUACAGGAGGGCCUCCGAGGCCAUUUUGCUUGGCUCUGAUGCACCCUUACUCUCCGGUGAAGCAGAAAGGAAACAUCACACCACCCAGGUGUGGCCGGCCUUUGACCAUUAUUGCAAAUCCCCAAGACUUACCACAGUCCCUUGCCAAGUACACUUUUAGCCUUAGAGACUUUUGGAAAGGAAAGCUGUAAAGAAGAGACAGGAUGAGGCAGGAAGAGGAGGAAGGAGAGGGAACCAGGAUAAAGGCAAAAGGGGACUUAGAAGUGAAGGAGGAGAUCAGUGAGACGGGAGGACCGGUCAGCCCUUUUGCGGGUGCCACGCCCACCCCGAUGCCCCACAACAAGGGGACUUGGUUUUCUGAGGCCUGGGAGUAUUUCCACCUGGCCCCUGCCCUUGCUGGACACCACCCCAACCCAUACACCACCUGCUGCCUGUGUGGCAGGCAGGUGGGCCGUGGCCCAGGGGUUAACGUGGGCACCACAGCCCUGUGGAAGCAUCUGAAAAGCAUGCAUAAAGAGGAGCUGGAGAAGGGUGGCCAUGGUCAGGCCGGGCAGCACCAGGACCCCAGGCUUCAAGGGCCGCAGCUCCCCACAGGCAUUGAGGGCGACUGGGCCAGGAUCCUGGAGCAGGCCAGCCAAAGAGAAAAGGAGGCACUUAGGAGGGAGAGGGCAGUGGAAAGGAGAGAGCGAGCCCUGGACGAGGUGGAAAGGGCCAUCCUGGAGAUGAGGCAGAAGGUGAGGGCUGAGAAGAAGGCCUGCCAGAGGGACAAAGACCAGCCUGCAGCAGCUCAUCCCUUCCAUUUUGUUUAAACGGGGCU